AUGGUACUCUGCAACUACUGCGCCGCUCAACAGACUCAAAGGGACGCCGCCGAAGCAACGCAUCCACGCGCCUUAGCAUCGCAUCCCCUCCACGCAGCCCAACCCGAAGAAUACCUCCGACCCUCAAAACAACGCGAACUAUCCAUCAUCGAAGAAGCGCGGACGGAAUCGCUGAAAGCCGAGUCUCUAAACGCAGAGUCGCUCAAAACAGGCCCGCCAACACCAACCCAGCCGCAGCCCAAAGAGCGCAAGUCGCGAGCGCCGAAGAUGUCCAUACCACCGCAACUCCAGCAGCAACUGCGCUUGCUCAUCCGCGCAAACCACAUCCUACAUCACCACGGCCUCGUCGACGCAUUCGGCCAUAUAUCCGUGCGCCACCCGCUCAACAAAGAGCAAUACAUCAUCGCUGGCUACGAUCCCGGCGCCCCGGCGCUCGUCAAGAACAUGAGCGACUUUAUAUCGUACUGGGUGAAGGACUCCACGCCCGUUGACGCCGACGCGCCGCAGGGAUACAGCGAGCGAUAUAUCCACGGGGAGAUACUGCGGAAGUUUCCCAAGGUGAAUUGCGUUGUGCACUCGCAUUCCGAGGACGUCAUACCCUUCACUGUAGGACACGGCACGAUGGAACCGCAUCCCGUUCGACCCGUGUUCCACAUGGCGGGUUUCAUGGGCCUGGGCGGCGCUAAGGUAUUUACAAUGGAUAGUCUACGUGGAACGUCAGCGCCCUCCGAACACGACCUCCUCAUCAAGAACGCCUCCCUCGGUGCAGCCCUAGCCUCCCGCUUCUCCCCCGAAAGUCCCGUUGUACUACAGCACAAGCACGGUUUCACGACGUUCGGCGCUAGCAUCGAGGAAGCGGUGUACCGGGCGAUAUACACGCAGAAAAACUGCAUUUUGCUACAAAGGGCGAUUGCGAUUGCGGGGGGUGAUGCGGAGGGGGUGUCGUAUUUGAGUGCGCAGGAGAUCAAGGAUUGCGCGGUUAUGAAUGCGAAGACGUUGGAUAAGUCGUUUAGGCUGUGGUUGAGGGAGGUGCAGGUUAAUCCGCUGUAUGAGAAUGAGGAGGGGGAGCCGGAGAAGGGGAGGGUUGGGGGGAUGAAGAUGUGA